AUGGCAAUUUUAGCAUCUAUUUGUUCAAUUGGUAAUAUUAAAACAAACUCUUCAAAAUUAAUAAUAAAUAAUAUUUCUUCACAAUCAUCAAACAUGAAUUAUAAUAUUAUACAAUGCAAUGGUCCAAUGAGUAAUAGUAGUGGUUGUGGAAAUUCCACAGGACCAAUUGUUGGUGGUGUUAUUAUAAAUAGAGGUGCCGUUAGUGGUGUCUUAUGUAUUGUUGGUGGUGUUGUUAAUGGUUUAGUUGGUGGUGGUUGUAAUUAA